CUUCUCGAGAACGCCACAUCACAGCUAGAUUCACGUUGUCCCGAUGGCCGCAGUGGCGAUGAGUCCCAUGAGGACAACGCUGCCAUAUGACUCGCUGCCUGAGGACCUCGUGACGAUGAUGCUGGCCUUCCUGGACGUGGACUCGCUGAUGCGCACCCGCAAGACGGACCGCCACCACCGCAUGCUGCUCGGCGUGGCCUACCUGCAGCUCCGGCUGUCCCUCGUGGUCAGCAGCCUCACUCUUGCACUCGGCCACACAUUGGACAUCCCUCUGCCGCAGCUGCCACUCCCUCUUGCACUGAGCGCCGUCUCUGCAACGACCAUGGUGAUCCGCGGGCUGGCGCGGCGACUCUGGAUGCUCGAGAAGGGCGGUCGUUGGGCUCGGUGGAAGGCCAUUCUCGAGAUGGUCUUCUUCAUGCGGGGUCGGAAGGUUGUGGUGCUGGGCGAUGAGAGCUUUGGGGUGUUCAGCCGGCGGGAGGCCUUCCUGCGGGCCCCGGAGGCGGUCAGGCAGUGGAAGAUGCUCAGCAGAGAGACGUGUGUGUACCAUGCGACGAGCGAUAGCACCAGGCCACUGAUGAGCGGCGACGGGAUCAUGCGCUUUUACACCGACCCCUACCGACAGCCCACUGUGCGCGCCACUGCCAGCCCUAUGUUCCCUUGCGGCUUUGACCGCACCGAUCCCACCUCUGAGAUCGACGGCCGCACGUACGUCACAUACUCCAACCUGAUCGCCUUCAACCUCAUGCUGUGCAUCAUGCGCCUUCGCCCCGCCGUCUACCGCCACCAGUGGACCACAACCGCCACUGAGUCGGCCGCUUUCCAGCGGGCGACCACAAUGAUGCGCGAGGGGUUCGAGUCGACCGACACGCUGCUCCCGGGAGUGCACCAGAUCUCCUACAACAUGAAGCGCGUGAUGCUGACAAAUGGGAUCGAGGACGGGUUCAUGGCGUUUGUGCAGAUGAUGCAGUGGACGUCGAUGAUCGGCAGGUCGAUCCAGGUGGACGUGCUGACCAGCGAGGGCGCGCCGUACGCCGUCACACGCGGUAGGCUGGAUCGCGUGAUGGGCGACGUGUUGGGGGAUGAGGUUUGGGUGAAGGGCAAGAAGUACAGGGAGCGCAGGUUCUGGGAGGAGGUCGGGUGAGUAGUG